UCGAGCGAUUUACGUCCCUUUGAUUUGAGCCUUGAGUUCUAAAAGCGAAAGUUAGAUCUGCCUGCCUUGUGUUUCAGCAUUUUAGAAAAAGGGCCUCUAUAGAUAUUACAUGUAUUCAACAUCACAGUGAUAAAAUUUCCGAGUUCUGAUCUGACAGAUGAUGGCAUUGGGCAAACAUCAGUUCUCAUUAGGUGACUGCAAAGCUGCCUUGCGCGAGAUCCUGGAAACAUUCAGCCAGCCAGAGAAUGUGACCAAACUGGAGGAAGUUAGAAGCGCCGCUGGCAAUGACAUGCUCAAGAGUAUGCAGACUGUGUUCCCAGCGGCCACGCAGAUGCAGAUACAGGUGGUGCAGAGAUACGGCUUUCUUCCGGACGGAGAAGGUCUGGUUCAGUUCACCAAAGCCGUUCGGGGCUACGAAGAACAAGAUCAAGAAGUGAGACAACUCAACAGUCAGCUGAGGAAUUUCCUGCUGCCCCCGGUCAGUGUGCCUCACCCAGUGGCACCUAUCCUUAGUGGCCAGUCCAGCUAGUGGUCACCGGUAUAUUUGUACAGUGGACUUUGCCAUCAUCUAAACAUUGAUUUUAUCGUUAAAAAAAUAA